AUGGCCACCCUGGGCAUCACUGUUGCCCUGCUGGUGUGGAUGGCCACCCUGCUGCUCGUCCACAUAUGGAAGCAGAUCUACAGCAGUUGGAAACUGCCCCCUGGCCCUUUCCCACUGCCCAUCAUAGGGAACAUUUUACAGCUGGACCUCAAGAAUAUCCCCAAAUCCCUCACCAAGCUUGCGGAACAGUAUGGGCCCGUGUUCACCGUGUACCUGGGCCCCCGUCGUGUGGUGAUCCUGCAUGGCUAUAAGGCUGUGAAGGAAGUUCUGCUCAACUACAAGAACGAGUUUUCUGGCCGAGCAGAGUUGUUUGCCUUCGAGGCGCACAAGGACAGAGGAAUCAUCUUCAAUAAUGGGCCCACCUGGAAGGACACCCGGCGAUUUGCCCUGACCACCCUCCGUGACUACGGGAUGGGGAAGCAGGGCAACGAGGAGCGAAUCCAGAGGGAGAUGCCCUUCCUGCUGGAAGCACUCCGAGAGACCCAGGGUAAGCCCUUUGACCCCACCUUUCUCAUUGGCUGUGCACCCUGCAAUGUCAUAGCUGACAUCCUCUUCCGCAAGCACUUUAACUAUGACGAUAAGACCAGCCUGAGGCUGAUGGCCUUGUUUAAUGAGAACUUCUACCUGCUCAGUACACCCUGGCUCCAGAUUUAUAAUAAUUUUUCUAGCUAUCUACGCUAUCUACCUGGAACUCAUAGAAAAGUCAUGCGAAAUGUGCAGGAAAUAAAAGACUAUGCACUGGAAAGAGUGAAGGAGCACCUCAAGUCACUGGACCCCAACUGCCCCCGAGACUUCACAGACUGUCUUCUCACAGAAAUGAAGAAGGUAAAACAAAGUACAGAGCCCGGGGACAGCUUGGACAGUGUUGCUGUGACUGUGGCUGACCUGUUCUUUGCGGGGACAGAGACUACCAGUACCACUCUGAGAUAUGGACUCCUGAUUCUCCUGAAAUACCCAGAGAUUGAAGAGAAACUUCAUGAAGAAAUUGAUAGGGUGAUUGGGCCAAACCGAGCCCCUGCGGUGAAGGACAGGCUAGAGAUGCCUUAUAUGGAUGCUGUGGUGCAUGAGAUUCAGCGAUUCAUUGACCUUGUGCCCUCAAACCUGCCCCACGAAGCAACCCGGGAUACCGUGUUCAGAGGUUAUGUCAUUCCCAAGGGCACAAUGCUAAUACCGACACUGGACUCUCUCUUGUAUGAUAAGCAAGAAUUCCCUGAUCCAGAGAUGUUUAAACCAGAGCACUUCCUGAAUGAAGAUGGGAAGUUCAAGUACAGUGACUAUUUCAAGGCGUUUUCCGCAGGGAAGAGGGUGUGUGUUGGAGAAGGCCUGGCUCGCAUGGAACUCUUCCUCUUCUUGUCUGCCAUUUUGCAGCACUUUAACUUGAAGUCUCUUGUGGACCCCAAGGACAUUGACCUCAGUCCCAUCACAAUUGGGUUUGGCAAAAUCCCACCCCAUUAUAAACUCUGUGUCAUUCCCCGCUCAUGAGUGCGAAGCAUCUCUUCAAAGGCUCCCACCCCCAAGACUCUACAAUGCAGGCCUGGGGUCCUUUCACUUUCUAGUGUUCUGCAGGGUGAUCAAGAACACCACUCCAGCGAAGGCAGUCAGGGAUCCAGGGGGGAAAAUGGGACGCACAGGCUGAUAUCCAGAAUCAUAUACUUCAGGCAAGACUUGAAAAGUCAAAAGAGAUUGGGUAAAAUGGAGCAUAAAACUAUGAUUUAGUUUCAAUCUAUAUUAGAAUUUCCAAAAGCAAUAGUAAGAUUAUAUCAUGGUGACUUAAAUUCUCCUCUUCUGAAAAAAUUAAAAGUAUCCUGUGACUGAAAUUGAUAGCCCUUAUAAAUAAUUGACAAAAAGGAAUCCAGACACAGUUUUGUAGCUUAAAGGAUGGAAUAGUAUAAUAAAUAGAACCUUUCCUUGGACAUCAGAUUGUCCUUUGGGGCUCACUAAGAGCGUCAUUCUGCACCGUUUAGGAUUAAACUAUGUCUGGAAGUCUACAAAAAUACCUGUAAUUAUCUCAACACUAAAAUGUGAUUUUAUACUUGUUGGGAAAAACUCUAAGUGCAUGGGGAUGUUUGUGUGGAAUGAAACAGAGAUAGGGAAAUCUGUAACCAGUUUAAUACACUAACCCUUAAUCUUAUGCAAUGGAAGAGGAAUUUCUCUCUGUACCUUGAGAACUCCCUGCAUCCUCACCUCAGAAAGAUUUCUAUGUGCUUAACUUUUAGGUUUGUGGGGGCAGGAUGAGGAGGUGCCCUUCUCUGCAUAAGGUAGGAUGGCAGAGUCUUCUGAACACAGCAUGGCAGUUUAGAUAUUCCAGUGCUGCCCCCUGGGAGGGGCACUGGAACAAUCCAGGGGUCAGUAGUAGCCUUGUGUUUGUGCAUUUUCUCUUAAAAUGUAACUUGGAAGGUUUUAGAGUUUUGGCUGUUUUGAAGGUAAAGGCAAGCAGGAGGUGAGGAGAUAGCUCAAUGACCUAUAAUGCAUGCUUUGAUUCAAUAGCUAGAACUACAUGGUUUUCUAAGUACCACCAGGCGCAACCCCAAGCACAGAGAUAGGAGUAGCUCGUGACCGUCACCAUGUGUAGCUCUAAACUCGAAAAAUAAAUAUCAAGCAGA